AUGGCCGCUGCCCUCGGCAGCCCCGCGGGCCCCUGGGCGGCUUCACUUCCGGGGCGGGCGCUGAGGGGAGGAGAGGGCGCGCUCGGAUUGGGCGGCGCGGGGAAGACCCGGAAGUGGCGGCGGGGGGACUCCACGUGGGCGCUGCUGGGGCCAGAGGGGGGAGCCAUGGCGGGGGGAGCCUCCAAAAAGAAGAAGAAGCCCCAGCGAUACUGGGAGGAGGACGUCAGCCAGCCGGAACCCCCAAAGUGGGCAGAUCCCUUGAGCACCAAGAAGCCCCGUCAGGAUGGGGGCCACAUGGAGAAGCCCUCGGAGCCUGGGGGCACGGAACGGAUUUCAGGGAAGGUGGACCCGUUUCCCGGACCGGCCAUCGUUUCCCCCGAGCGAGUGGCCAAGUUCCAGCGAGGGACCAAGCCCCAGAGGAAGGCAUCUAGCAAGCGGCUCCAGUCGCAGCUGGCCCUGCAGGAGGAGAAGGCCGAGGCGGCAGCCAAGCAAGCGGCUCGGAUGGACCUACUGCUCCUGGAGGAGCCUGGCUUCCUGGAGGGCGAGGAGGGCGAAGACACCUGCACCAUCAGUCAGGCGGACAUCGCAGACGCCGUGGACCUGGCCGCCAGUGCCAAGCGCUUCGAGCUGAGGCUGGAGCAGUUUGGGCCCUACAGGGUGAGCUACACGCGCAACGGCCGGCACCUGCUGCUGGGCGGACGGCGGGGCCAUGUGGCGGCUCUGGACUGGCACACGAAGGCCCUGAUGUGCGAGAUCAACGUCAUGGAGAGCCUCACGGACCUGGCGUGGCUGCACACGGAGACCAUGUUUGCGGUGGCCCAGCGUCAGUGGCUGUACGUCUACGACAACCAGGGGGUGGAGCUCAACUGCCUGAAGCGCUUCCACAGAAUCCAGCAGAUGGAGUUCCUCCCUUACCACUUCCUGCUGGCCACGGCGAGCGAGACGGGCUUCCUCCAGUAUUUGGACAUCUCCGUGGGCAAGGAGGUGGCCACCAUCUGCACCAAGGGGGGGCGGCUGGGAGUCAUGAGCCAGAACCCCUCCAACGCCAUCGUCCACCUGGGGCACAGCAAUGGCACAGUGACCUUGUGGAGCCCCAGCAUUAAGGAGCCCCUGGUGCGAAUGCUGUGCCACCGCGGGGCCGUGAGGGCUCUUGCUGUUGACGGCUCCGGGACGUACAUGGCCACCUCAGGCCUGGACCGGAAGCUCCACAUCUACGACCUGCGGGCCUACCGGCGCCUCCACUCCCUGCUGCUGCCCACGGGGGCCGGCCACCUGGACUUCAGCCAGAGGGGUCUGCUGGGAGCUGCCUGUCAGGAGGUGGUCCAGGUGCAUAAGGACAUCUUGGUCUGCCCCUCCCCGAAGCCGUACCUCUGCCACGCCCUCCCCCGCCCCGCCCACGGCCUGCGCUUCUGCCCCUUUGAGGACGUGCUGGGGGUCGGCCACGGAGAAGGUUUUGCCAGCCUCCUGGUGCCAGGAGCCGGAGAGCCCAACUUCGAUGCCCUGGAGAGCAACCCCUUCCGGAGCCGGAAGCAACGCCAGGAGUGGGAGGUCAAGGCCUUGCUGGAGAAGAUCCCAUCGGAGCUCAUCUCGCUGGAUUCCACGCAGCUGGGCACAGUGGAUGCCAUCUCCCUCCAGCAGCAGCGGCAGGAGCGGGUGGCCAGGCUGGGCUACGACCCCGAAGCCAAGGAAAAGUUCUCCCCCCGCCGGCGGCUGAAGGGGAAGGACUCGGCCGGGGGCCGGUUGAAGCGCAAACAGAAGGUAGCGGCCGAGGAGCAGCGGGUGGCCAUUCGGAAGAGCCUGGCGGAGAAGGAUCGGGCCCGCAAAGGGGAGGCCCUGCGAGAGGGGAUCCCUGCCUCUCCGCGCUCAGCGUUGGAUCGCUUCCGGAAGUAGGCGCCCACUCAGGAGGAGGAGAGGCUGCCCCAGUGGGGGCGAAGGGGGCCUCCGGUGCCCAUCGGGUGUGGCAGGAGCAGAGGGGGCCCUUUUUGCUGGGGGCCCCUGGGCGUUGGGCUCUCGGCCGUCCCGGCUGCUGUUCAUGUUCCACUUCUGGGCCGGGACCUCUGAUGCCCCCUGGCGUCACAAAAGGGAGGGCUGUGCUUCUGGGCCUGGCACGUGGACUUGUGUGGGGAGGCCCCCCAAGGAAGGACCUUUGUGAUAAAGCACCUUUACAGAGUU